UGCUGGUCGAACAGCUACACGGCGUGAAAAGCCAGAGAUAUAUACAUUGACUAAUGGUAGAGUAAUCGUCGAGGAUGAACUCUUAAACUUCUUGGUUGUUAAACUGCAUACUUUAACUCAAGAUGAAAUUGUCAUGCUGGCCUUAAACAACUUUUCUUCGGAACGUAUCGAGGAAUCGAAAAGGAUUAUAUUCGAGGUGUGCCCCAAGACAACACAGCGUAACAUUACGCAUAAGGGGCCACAAAAGGACGCUAAUAACAUCAAAGCAUGCCUGAAAGUUAUAAAUGAAUGUGGUGAUAAUAUACCGCGGUUUGUAUCAUACUAUUUGGAUGAUCUGCCGGUAAUUGGGUUUGGAAGCCUAGAUGCAUCGGCACUACUUAGUAGAGUGGAGCAACUUAGCAGAGAUUUACAAACAGUGAGGGAGACGCUGCGAGAACAAGCCGAUGUGAAUGAAAAUCUGCGGCUAUCAACAGGCACCAUUGAACGCCGGGUUGCUACGAUCGAGCUAAGAGGGACUACACUAGAAGGGUGUAUGGAAGAGCAUGUGCCUUCGGAAGGGGCGACGAGAAAAAUCAGUGCCUUGAUGUCUGUAGAGACACCGAAUCAGCUGGAGUAUGUGCCAGAUGGAAUACAGGCAUGCGCGGCCGAAUGGUCUACGGUUGUGAAGGGAGGCCGGCAAGUAAAGCAUCUGCCACAAGUUGUGCCUCACAGAAGCGGAUCUGACCGUCCUCCAGCACGGCGAGAAAGGAAGAAAGAUAUGGGCAUUACUGGAACUGGCAUUGCCAGCAGUAUUCAGGUGGUUACAACUAAGCGGGUGAGUAUCUUUGCUUCUCGAUUUGAUCCUGCACUUGAGGCUGACACGCUAAGGGAUUAUCUUGCGGAGAAACUAAACAAUACCACGGUUACAUGCAUGAAGAUCGCAAGUGACUAUAGUCGAUUUAGCUCGUUCCAUGUCACGGCUGAAUGUAAUGAUAUUGCCGUAAUGUAUAACCCGGAUCUCUGGCCAGUGGGGGCUUACGUACGUCGAUACUAUGAGAUGCGUCAACCCAGAAGUAUGCAUCAGCCUCAUAGUCGUGUUGCUGACCAGACCCGGGGUAUACAAAGAGCUACCCGGGUGGAAGAGGGCAUGACAGAUGAGAGCAGUAGCUAGGAUUAAAUGACUGCCAAUGUCUCUCACCGUUGUGUCUUAUAAUGUCCGCGGACUAAAUGUGGGUCAUUGUGAUGGGGAUAAAGCACAACGCUGUAUUGUGGAUAAACUUUUUGAAAAGUGUGAUGUGCUGUGCAUACAAGAAACUUUUCUAGCGAAACAAGACCUCGAUAAGCUCAAUGGAUUACAUAAGGAUUUUCAUGGUGCUGGGGAGUCCACCACAGACUUGAAUACUAAAUUGACUAAAGGUAGGAUACCGGGUGGUGUCGCUAUCUUCUGGAAGAAACACUAUGACAGUCUGAUCAAAGUAUUGAGACUUCGGGUGGAUUGGGCUAUUGGGAUUGAAGUCCAUUGUAAUGAUUCUAAAUUUAUUGUUUUAAAUGUGUAUAUGCCCUAUGAAAGCCCUGACAAUGAAGAUGAAUAUAUAAAUAUACUAGCCUGUAUUAAGACAUUUAUACAAGAUGCUGAUAGCACUUGCAUACAGGUAGUGGGAGAUAUGAAUGCUGAUAUCUCUGACGCUAGAUCCUCAUUUGGUAAACUUUUGAAGCAAUUCUCAUGGGAGUGGUUUAGUACUGUCCAGUCAGGUUAUAUUGCCAGCGGAAAGUUAUACGUACGUCAGUGAUGCAUGGCAUACUACAUCUUGGCUUGAUCACUGCUUGAGUACUAUAGAUGGACAUACCUGUAUUAAUGGUAUGAAGAUAGAUCAUAAUAUGGCCACAUCUGAUCACAUACCUCUUAUUGUGAGCUGUAAUCUGGAUGGUAUUCCUAAAUAUGAUACAUGCAAAGCCACUGUAAAUCAGGUAAAUGGAGAGAAACCGGACUGGUCUAGUCUCACAAGGGAAGAAAUUCAUAUAUACACGCAGAUAAGUGAUCAAUAUCUGAAGGGCAUAGAGCUCCCAAAAGAUACCAUAUUAUGUCGUGAUGUGAACUGCUCCAAACAAGACCAUGGCGCACAUCUACUUAGUCUAUAUGAUAACAUUCUGAAUAGUAUAAUUAGAUCAGGGAGGCCCCUAUGUAAAACAAAAAAUAAUGUUUAUGUUGGCAAACCUGGAUGGAAUGCUUUUGUAGAAGAAGUACACACUGAGGUACGGCAGGCAUAUAAGGCUUGGAUGGUAGCAGGGAAGCCAAGAUCGGGAUCUGUGUUUGAACAUAAGAAAAGGACUAAUGCUGAGUUUAAAUAUGCUCUCCGGUACAUCAAGAGGAAUGAGAAUACUUUAAGGGCAGACUCCCUAGCAUCUAAUUUGCAAAAUAGCUAUAAAGACUUCUGGAAAGAAGUCAGAAUGAUUAAUAGUAGUAGAAACCCUAUCUCAUCCAAUAUUAAUGGGGUGACGGGGACUGAGAAUAUAUGUCAGCUCUGGAAAAAGCAUUUUUAUGAUUUGUAUAACUGUGUUAAGGGUGCUGUGAAAAGGGGCGAGGCUAUAGAAAGCCAGGUAGGAGUUAUUGUUACUCCCCAAGAGGUGUUCGAUGCAGUUUCAAAGUUGAAGAAUAAGAAAUCGUGUGGACUAGAUAAUAUUACAUCUGAACACUUGAAAUAUGCAAGUACAAGACUCUACCCUUUAUUGGCCAUUUGUUUUACAGGCUUUUUGGUACAUGGUCUUUUGCCCCAGUCACUUAUGCUGACUGUACUGGUCCCUGUGAUUAAGGAUAAGACUGGCAAACUUAGUGACAUGAAUAACUAUAGGCCUAUAGCCCUGGCAAGUUCUGUGUCAAAGGUGCUAGAAAGGAUUCUAUUGUUGAGGCUUGAACCAUAUUUGUACACCACAGCUAAUCAAUUUGGAUUUAAGCAUGGACAUGGAACUGAUAUGUGCAUUUUUGCACUUAAGGAAUUAUUGGAUAAAUACAACAGCCGGGGGUCUACAUUAUUCAUGUGUUUUUUAGAUGCCUCUAAAGCCUUCGAUCGGAUUAAUCAUGUCAAAUUAUUUGAUAAAUUAGUAGGAAGAGGUGUCCCAGGAUACCUUACAAGAAUUCUUAUGUUCUGGUACUCCUGCCAGACUUUGAGGGUGAAAUGGGGCGGUAUUAUAUCAGAUGAUUUUAAAAUGUGUAAUGGAGUACGUCAGGGUGGAAUUUUAUCUCCACAUCUGUUCAAUUUAUAUGUUGAUGAACUGUCUGUUGAACUUAAUGAAUGUAAUACUGGAUGUCUUGUUGGUAAUGUAUUGUGUAAUCAUUUGAUGUAUGCAGAUGACUUGAUAUUGAUAAGCCCUUAUAGUGCAGGCAUGCAAAAGCUUAUGAACAUCUGCUCUUCUUAUGGUGAUGCAUUUGAUAUUAAGUAUAAUGCCUUAAAAAGUAAUAUAAUGAUUGUAAAAACGAAAGAGGACCAGAAGUUAAGGUUCCCAGAAUUUUAUUUAUGUGGAAAUAUCUUAAAAGAAACAGAUGAGGUUAAAUACCUGGGACACUAUAUUGUAAAUGAUCUUACGGAUGACAGAGACUUGUUCAGGCAGAGGUGUAAGCUGUAUGGUCAGGCUAAUGUCUUGGCACGUAAGUUUCACAUGUGCUCCACUAAUGUCAAAACUGUAUUAUUUAAAAGCUUCUGCUCGCCUUUGUAUGCUGCGCACCUUUGGCGCAACUACAAAAAGAAGAGCAUGCAGGCUUUGGUGGUGGCAUAUAAUGAUUCCUUUAGAAUGCUAUUGAAAGAACCGCGGAACAACAGUGCGAGUGAGAUGUUUGCUAACAGUGGUAUAAGAUCUUGUGCAGCUAACAUUAGACAUUGUAUCUAUACAUUUAUGUGUAGAAUUCAGAAUCAAUCAAACUGUAUUGUUCAAGCCCUGGUAUGUCCGAAGAAAAGUUCGAUCAGGUUUACUUCAAGAAUUUGGAAGCACUGGCGCUCCUCUUUAUAUGUAUAAAUAACGUAUAGUA